AUGCUCCUCCCGCGUGACUGGCAGAGACAGCAGGGUGCGGCCAGGGUGGCCGGGAGACAGGAAAGCGGGCGAAACUCUGCCUCCGCGAAUCACCGGGGAGGAGCCCUGGGUUCCAUGAGACGAGGCCAGAGAAAGGCUGGAAGCAGCGUUCGCAGAGUGACGCUGCUCAGAACUCACCCUGGUCCUCGCCUGUGUCCCACGUUGACGCCACCUCUGGACGUGACCAGGAUUGGUUGCUCGGAGUUUUGGUCAUCCCACGAGAAAGGGAAGAGCCGACAGCAGUGGCAAAGGGGCGGCCAUGGUGACAGCGGUGGGGCUGACCGACACCGAGCCCGCCAGAAGACCUUGGAAUCCCUGAAGCUGAGCCACGAGCAGCUGCUAGAGGUGAAGAGGAGGAUAAAGUUAGAAAUGCAGUGUGGCCUGAGCAAAGAGACCCACGUCGUUGCCCCUGGCAAGAUGCUGCCCACCUACGUGUGUGCCACUCCCGAUGGCACAGAGAAAGGAGACUUCCUGGCCUUGGACCUCGGAGGAACAAACUUCCAGGUCCUUCUGGUGCGGGUGUGGAACGGGAAGUGGCACGGAGAGGAGAUGCCCAAGAUCUACUGCAUCCCACAGGAGGUCAUGCGCAGCACAGGGGAGGAGCUCUUUGACCGCAUCGUGCAGAGCAUCGCCGGCUUGCUGGAGUACAUGGGCACGGAGGGUGGUGUGUCGCUGCCUCUGGGCUUCACCUACUCCUUCGCGUGCCAGCAGAGCAGCCUGGACGAGAGCAUCCUCCUCAAGUGGACGACAGGCUUUCAGGCGUCCAGCUGCGAGGGUGAGGACGGAGUCAGCCUGCUGAAGGACGCCAGCCGCCGGCCAGAGGGGUUUGCCCUGGCCGUGGUUGCUGUGGCGAAUGACGCAGUGGGAACCAUGACGACCUGUGGCCAUGAAGACCCUCGCUGCGAAGUCGGCCUCAUUGUUGGCCCGGGCAGCAAUGCCCGCUACAUGGAGGGGAUGCUUGGAGAAGGAACCACAGCAAUUGCUGCUGUUUAG